CCAUGCCAUAGUUUUGUUUAAUUGAUUUGAAGUUUAAAAGUAAAUUUUAAACAGUAAUAAAAUUUGGUGCAAAUAACUAAGUUGUAAAUAACUUCGUUAUAUUCAAUUUACGUUUAUUUGUAAAAUAUAUGCGUGCUCGUUUGUACGUAUAAAACUAGCAAUAUACAUACGUAUUUCAAUGGAUCGAGAGAGUAUUAUGCAGAAAAUUGAGGAUGGUGUUUAUGAACUGUCAGAGAAACGGAGAGGUAAAAGCAAAACCUGGAAUGUUUUCGCGCAGAUAAAAAAGGAGGAUGGAACGCUUUUAAAUGAUUUUGUAUCUUGCCGCAAAUGUUUGCGCCUGUACAAAUUUAGUAACAACUCAACGUCAAAUUUGAACCGUCAUAAGUGCUGCACACCACAGGCUAGAGAAGAGACCUUAACUAAUGAAGUCCCUGUCAGGAAUGAAAACGAUCUUGAGGAGGAUGUAAAAGAAUGUCAGGAGUUUUUUUCUGUUUUUACUCCCGGUGAUCCUCAAAUUCCCGAGGCUAACUCACAUCAACCAUCACUUUGCAACAACGAUACCAAUGCAUACAGAGCAGUUGAAAAUCAGAAUACACCUAAACGAACAUUGAUGCACACGCAACAAUUGGAUAGUCUGUGUGAAAUGGUAAAAAUUGAUCUUCAAGAUGCCUCAGAUGAAAUUUUCUUUGAAGCUAAAUGGAAAAUUUUGGAUGUCCUACGUGAAGUUCACCAAAAAAAGCUAAAAUAAUGAUUGACUUUAAGUAAGUCCAGACGGUUGCGAUGUUACAUAUAAAGUAAAGCAUUUAUGAAAGAGUUUAAUGAGCAACUGUAAAGAAGUUAAAACAUUCAUAAUAAUAUUGGGGUACUAACAUUGUUAAUACGUUUAUAAUUUAAGCAUAAUACUUCCGUUAAAGUUUAUAUACACAAAAUUAUUUUUUUUUUUAUGAUUUAGAAUAUUAAGUUACAUGUGUUAGUAUGCCAAAUAGCGAAAUGAUAAUAUAUCUUCGCCUAAAUUAAUGUUUUAUAUUA